AUUGUGAUGUCACGUUACGUAUUCCACGUCACGGAAGUCACAAACAUGAUCCAUUUGCACCCUAAACCGAGCGGAAAACUUGAGUUGUCGGUCUUUUAAUGUUGUAGUACUGUCCAGGAUAUAGACUCAGGACUGCGUUGGUCUAAAAGAGAGCCGAAAACUCUCGGAAUCGGAGGUGCUGAGCUGCUGGGCGAGCCUGCCUGCCGUUUUGCAGGCUAGCUCGCUAGUCAAGUAGCCAGCUAGAGCUAGAGCUGCCUUGGCGACGAGCUGAGUAACUAAUCUCAAGACAGCCAUCGAGGCAGCCCGUAGUUAUUUCAUUUUACGGUCUCUUUUUAUUCCGUAGCCAUGGCAACUCGGCGACUGACCGAUGCCUUCUUAUUAAUGCGGAACAAUGCAAUCCAAAACCGGCAGAUUUUGGCUGAGCAAUUCUGUCCAAGUCCUGCUGUCAGUCUUUUUGAUGCUGAUCACUGCUUUUUGUCUUGGGCUCCUCUGCUCUCACUCCUCAUGUCCCUCCCCUUCUCUUCUAUCUCUCCUCUCAUUGGAUGGGACUUCGCUGGCUCUUCUGAUCACGUUAGGAGUUUGAUGAGUUGGCUGAUGACCGUAUGGCCCUGGUGUCAGGCAUUAGUUUGGAUCCAGAGGCUGCUAUUGGUGUCACAAAGAGACUCCCGCCUAAAUGGGUGGAGGGAGUGGAUGAGAUUCAGUAUGAAAUCACACGUAUUCGCCAGAAGAUGAAGGAACUGGCUAGUCUGCACGACAAACACAUGAACCGUCCCACGCUAGAUGACAGCAGUGAGGAGGAGCAUGCCAUUGAGAUCACUACACAGGAAAUUACACAGAUGUUUCACAGGUGCCAGCGGGCCGUGACAGGGCUGCAGACUCAGAGUCAUCACUGUACAGAGCAAGAAAACAGGCUGUUGACCAAUGUGGUCUCUUCAUUGGCCCAGAGCCUUCAAGAACUGUCAAUCAACUUCAGACACACACAGUCAGGCUACCUAAAACGCAUGAAAAACCGUGAAGAAAGAUCCAAGCACUUUUUUGACUCUGGUCCUCUUGUGGAGGAUGAUGAAGAUAUCGCGUUAUAUGACAGAGGAUUUACAGAUGACCAGCUAGUUCUGGUCCAGCAGAACUCAGUGGUAGUAGAAGAGCGGGAGAGAGAAAUUCGACAGAUUGUUCAAUCCAUCUCUGACCUUAAUGAGAUAUUUAGAGAUCUUGCUGGAAUGGUUGUCGAACAGGGCACAGUCCUCGACAGAAUCGACUUCAAUGUGGAGCAAGCUUGUGUCAAAACAGACGAGGGCUUGCAGCAGUUGCAAAAGGCUGAACAGUACCAGAAGAAAAACCGCAAGAUGUUGGUCAUUUUAAUUCUCUUUGUCAUAAUUGUUGUUCUAAUACUUGUUCUGUUCGGGACAAAGUUUUGAAUCAUUCCAUGGCCUCUAAGAGGGAUCUACCUGUAUGGAUGAGAAAAAAAACAAACAUGUAUUUCUCUCUAUGUCUGUGUGUGUGUGUGUGUGUGUGUGUGUGGGUAUGCAUGCUGACUUUUAAGACUAUUGUUUAAGGGUGGAUUACUUGUUGAACGUUUGGUGCUUACGUUUUAAAAUACUACACAACAAAAUGAAGCAGCACCCCCUGCUGGCCACCGAGUGCAGUGUUUGGAGACAGUUCUUGUGUUUAAUUCUGCAGUGAGAGGCAGUGUUAGUAUAAAAGGGCCGUUUUUCUUCAUUUGUCCUGCACAAGCACAGCACUUAGGAGCAUGGAUGCUAGAUGGCAGCAUGUUCGUCUCAACCGCCCUUGUCAUCUAAUUUGAAGAGUAAACAGGAAGAUGAUGGGAAAAGAUAAGGUAUCCUCAGAGGUCUGUUGCUCUUCCUGAAGAUGAUCAUAUGUGCGUGGGUGAAUCUCUUGAUGAAAAGAACGUUGUUCAGGUCAUAUUUCACACCAAUAGAAAGAAAUAUGAAAUUAAAUGUUUAUAUAUUUCCUAAAAACCUUAUUUUCCCUCUUUUUUUUGCAUUAUGAAUCACAUUUUCUCUCUCAGUUGUCAUUACUGUAAUGCAGAAUUAUUUUUUAUAAGAAAAAAUUAAAAAGUACAGUUUCAGUAUUACAGUAUUUUUACUGUAUAACAAUUAUACAAAUCUAAUGGGAAUCACCAUUACAUUAUUCUUAAAGUAAAUUGGAAUGAGGAGGAAUGGGCUUAACGAUCAUCAAAAUAAAUUCACAAUGCAAACCCUUAAUAUCUACUCCUUUGAAUUUGGGGUUAAAUGUCACCUGAACGUGUUUUCAAAAGAGUCGCACGUUUUUGGUUUCAGUAGUGAACAUCUACAGGGAAACCUCACAGAAACCAUAUCUUGCCGUGAAAGCUGCCUCUGAAUCCGAUAUUGUUUGUAGGUUAGGAUGCGUGUGUUUAAUGUGACGUCACAAAGUCUGUGUUUUUCCGUAACUCAAUCUUUUGGAAUUUCCACUUUUGUGCACUGACACUCCAAUCAACCGUGGAGGAAGUUGAAGAAUGAGGAACACAUAGUCGAAGCAUGUUCUUUCUACAAAACUUUUAAUUAUUUUUUUUUUAUUAUUAUUAUUAUUUCUAUGUGGUAAAAUGUAUAGCUUUGGGAUUAUGACCGGUUUUGAAUGAACUGAAUGUUACAUUUUCCUUUAUGAGCGUUAUUUCCUCUGCCCAUGUCGGUGGAGGCGUAUAAUGUACCAUCAUGUGUUUGUCUGUUUUUUGGCAGUGUUGUUGUCAUGAUGUCAGUAUCAUUUCAGUGAUUUAUUCAGUGAAAAGCAGGAGUGAUUCAUCAAGAUUUUUUGCUUCACUCUGUUCCUUGCCUUAAAGAGUGGACGUCUGUGUGUCUUUUGAAAAGCUUUGUUCAAGUUUCAUUGGUGUUGUCACUACCGUAUCUUUCAGUCUGACCUUUGAUCCUAAACUGAACUUUGACCUGAAGCUCGGUCAGGUCUGCUGACUGACUGUACAACUACUGUUCCCUGUACAAGAAGAAAUUAUUUAUUUUAGAUGCAAAUACUUGUACAGAGUUUAUGGAGUUCUAUUGUUGUCCGUUGGUAGCAAUGUCUGGAGCCUGGCCUGUCUCUUUUCUUUUUUCUUUUUUUUUUUGUGUAUUGUAAUGAUUUACUUUUUUUCUGUCCUUUCAAAAAUCAAUUCCUGUUGGCUUUUGUAAAGGUUGAUUGCACCACUACUGUAUGAUGGGGUAAAAUGAGUUGACCAUGAUCCAGAGACAGUUUAUUUUUUUUGUUUUCAGUAUGUGUUAUUUUAGAAGGUGAGAAGAAAAUAUAACUGCACAUUCAAGGCUUAAAUCCAUUUCAUGUGGUUUUCUCCAUGGUUUUGGCGUAAAACCCAGUGUGAAUAUUAUAAUAUUUUUCUGCCAUUACGGUACUACUGUAUGCUAUCUGAACCUUCUGUAAACGCUGAACAGGUUUUUAAUGAAAUUAAAACAAAUAUAUAUAUAAA